AUGGCACCUACCGCAGAAGUAUUAAGACCCAAUUCAACAAACUUUGAUUUAGAAGAAGCUGUUCUAAAUAUUGCUCGCUUGAAUACAAGUAGCAAAAAACGUGAUGUAAGAUCAUCAUAUAAAGGUGGUUUUGCUGAUUCAUGGGUUGAACACUUGCCAAGCACAACAAGAACUAGAUUAGAAAAGGCUGGAAUUGAUUUGUCACAGGGAUAUCCAGAAAGACCACCUACAGAAGAUAUCCCAAUCUUUCUUGAUCAAGCAGAAGCUAUAAGAAAUUCAGAAACACCUUACAUCGAAAGAGGGAAAGAUGCUGAUCCUGAAAAAAGGGCGUUAUUUGGUGCUGCUAAAGAAGUUAGGGAUUUAACCAAGCAUAUUGGUACAGAGAUAAUUGGCUUACAAUUGAAGGAUUUAAAUGACCAACAAAAAGAUGAGUUAGCGUUAUUGAUUGCUGAAAGAGUAGUAGUCUUUUUCAGGGACCAAGAUUUAUCUCCUCAGAAACAGCUUGAGUUGGGAAGCUAUUGGGGAACAGUUGAAAAACAUGCUCAACAAGUUCAUGUUCCUGGACUUCAUGGCAUUACUGUUAUCUGGCAGGACUUGUUUAGGAGAAAUGGUUUAGAUAUUAAUUUUAAGAAUGCUAUCGGGCAAGGAACUAGUAUCUGGCACACAGAUUUAACCCAUGAAUUACAACCACCAGGAAUUACGCAUUUACAUAAUGAUGCCAUUCCUGGCGUCGGUGGUGAUACUGUUUGGUCGUCUGGUUAUGCUGCAUAUGAUAAAUUGUCUCCUGCUUUUCAGAAAUUCUUGGAGGGUAAAAAUGCUGUCUAUAUUUCUGCAAAUAAAUAUGUAGAUCGGGAAAAUCCAUUAAGGGGAAGUGCAAACAUUGAAAGAGAACAUCCAAUUAUUAGAACACAUCCUGCCACUGGUUGGAAAUCUUUAUUUGUUAACCGUUCUAUGACGAGAAGAAUUGUUGGUUUAGAGCCAGAAGAAAGCAAGGUUAUUUUAGAGUACUUGUUUGAAGUCUUCGAGAAAAAUUUGGAUAUUCAGGUCAGAUUCAAUUGGAAACCAACGAUAGAUGGUUUAGGUACUUCUGCUUUGUGGGACAAUAGAGUCUCCCAACAUUUUGCUAUUUGGGAUCAUGAAGGAAAAGAGGCCAGACAUGGAACAAGAGUUUCAUCCUUAGCUGAGGUCCCAUAUUUUGAUUCUGAAUCGAGAUCUCAGAGAGAGGCAUUAGGAUUAAAUUAA